AAAGACUUAAAAUUUAGUUCCUUUAAUUCCACAUUGUCGCACUUUAAUUAGUUUACUUCAUUAAAAAAAUAGAAGCUGAAUUUUUAUUUAAGCCAUGUUGGAAAACAGCAUAAUAUCCGAAAUGACAUACAGAUCUGCGGGGACUCGUCUUGCGCGUUUUUCACGGAAAAACGUACCCACUGGCGCUGCUUCAAGUAGUCAGAUCGUUCGCUCAUCAGAAUACAGCAAAUUCGAAGUACCCGCGAUUGACACCCGGGCUCGUUAUGGCGAUAUGUUUAAACGCCACCCCCAAGAUAGAAAAUAUAUGAAGCCGUACGAUGCGUUGGAUGACAAGCCAUACAAACCGAAAAUACCACAAUUAAUAUCCAGAGAUCCAAGUUAUACUCACUUCAAAGUGCCUUUUCAGAUGGCUUGUAAGGAGCGCUAUAACAAUUCCAUCAAAAAAUACGAAGACCAGUUCGGUCAUGAGAUUAGAAGCCUAAUCGAUAAUCAGCCAACUGCUCGUGAGGCCACAUAUUUAGUACGUGUUGUGUCUUAUACCACUUUAUGGCCGCCAUAUCACAAUGAAAAUGAACUAAAUCAUACGUGCCGAAAUUUCUAUCGGUUGACGCCGCUGGAUAACAAACGCUUUCAGUACAUCAUGACACAUGAUUUCUCAUAGAACUCAUAGAACUGAAAAUUGACUGUGUGAUUCGUCUGAUGGGGAUUGGAUAAAAGGACAACAAAAUUAGAUGACGUAAAUAGUUGCGUGUAAUCUGAUAAACAAAAUAAAACAU